AUGGAACAAAACAUUUUAAAUAGUAUUUUAGAUAAAUUUGGAGAUGGUGAUCAAGAGAGAUCAGAUAUUAGACAUAAUGAUAGUGGUGAUGAAAAUGAUAAUCAUAGUGACCAUGAAGGAAAUCAUGGUAAUAAUGAAUGUUGUGAAGGAAAUGAAGAUGGUGAUAAAGAAUAUGAAGUUGAUGUUGAAGAUAUGACAGAUGAACAAUACGCUCAAUUCAUUCAAGAACAACAAGAACCAAAGAUCAAAUCUGGUGGUAAUACAGGUGUAAAAGGUGUUUUAUCAGAUUAUGCAGAACAUCGUGAAAAACAAAAACAAAAAUAUUUACAAAAGAAAUAUGAAACUCAAAAAAUGCUUGAAAAAAUGUGUUUCACAACUAGAGAUCAACCACCACCAACUGAAGAAGAGAAUCAAUUGGAUAGUGAUGAUGAUGAUUUAGAAAGAAUUCGUAAAGCUCGUAUGGAACAAUGGAAAUCAAAACAACAAAUUACUUCAGAUGUUAAAAAACCAGAAAAAAAAGUAUUUGGUUAUUUCAAACAAAUCGACUCCUCUCAAUAUAUUCAUGAAAUUGAUAAUGAACCACCAAAUGUUUUCGUUAUAAUUCAUUUAUUUCAAAAUUAUAUACCAGAAUGUGUAUUAUUAAAUCAACAAUUAGGUCAAUUAGCAGUUAAAUAUAGAUAUAUCAAAUUUUUAAAGAUUUUAAGUAAAGAAGCUAAAGAAAACUAUCAUGAUGAAGCAUUACCAAGUUUGUUAGUUUAUAUUGGUGGAAAAUUAUUAGUAUCUUUUGUUCCACUCACUGAAGAACUAGGUAGAAAUUUCGAUCAAGAAGAUUUAGAAUUGUUAUUAUCAAGUUAUGAUAUCAUUCCAAAUCCAAUGAAAGCAAAAAAUUCAAAUUGGGAAACUUCAUUAUCAAGAAAAAGACCAGAGUCCGAUGAUGAUAAUGACGAUUAA